AACGAGCAACAGUUGCAUGUUUAUCCUCCAGCAUGGCCUCACCGGAAGCUACGUGUUGUCAUCAUCAGCUGUUAUCGAUGUAGAGGUCACGUGGGUUCCGCUCCAGAGUCGACAUUACAACAAGAAGACAGGCGAGGCGAGCAGUUGAGGGUCAAGAGGACGGUGCUGGUUGGAGGAAAAAGAGCUCAAUGUCGCACAGAAACAGCCGUCUUCAAACCAGACACCAAAGACAAAAUUAUUCAGAAAACUGGAGCUGAUUUACUAAAGAACACUUCAUCAGCACCACAAUGGUAUCGCAGAGCAGGACCGCAUGAUGCAUCCAGUAUGUCUUCUCUUAGUCCCUCCAGCUCGCCAAUGCCUCAGAGUCCCUCCAACUCCUCUGCUUCUGACUCCAGCAGUUCAGACAGCACCAGCUCCUCCUCGCCUGCCUCAAUGCCGAAUCUGGACAGCCAGUCAUCCUCUUCCUCCUCUGCUAAUUCCUCUUUCCCAGGAACUAAUGAUGGGUUGAGGUAUCGAAGUGGCUUUCCCUCCUACCAUCCUCAUACUCCCCCUGGUGUCCCUCACUGCCCAGAUGCAGCAGAGUUCCCUCUGCAAGGUGGCCUCCCGGCCAGCAUGCCCCCCCAUCCAGCCUACAUCCCCAUGCAGAUGCUGUGGUGGCAGCAGAUGUAUGCACGCCAAUACUACAUGCAGUAUCAGGCUGCAGUAGCUGCCUCACAGCCUCCCAGCAGUUUGUCUCCCUCCUCAUCACCCCAUCAGCCAGCCCAACCCAAUGAAGCUGUGCAGGCUCCGCUGGGUCCCAACCCAGCCCAGGACCCUAAUCAGGAGAACCUACCUGCCAACCCCAUCCAGAUGAACGCACAGGGUGGGGCGCUGCUGGAUGAUGACGAGUUGAAUCGGGACUGGCUGGACUGGUUGUACACAGUGUCACGUGCUGGUGUUCUGCUGAGCAUCGUCUACUUCUACUCCUCCUUUAGUCACUUUGUCAUGGUGGUUGGUGCCAUGUUGCUCGUCUACUUGCACCAGGCUCAGUGGUUUCCCUUCAGACCACAGCAGCAACACUUUAGAGGAGAAGAAAGGGCCGACGCUCCUCCAGGAGAAGCUCAGAGGCAGCAGGACAUUGAGGAAAUUGAACGACUGAUGGAUGAGGGAUUGGAGGAUGAUGACAGUGGGGAGGAAGGUGGUGUAGGGAGCAGAGAUGGGGCUCUGGGUGCUGCUCUGCCUGAGCCAAACAUCCUCACCGUAGCGUGGUCCUUCAUCAGCACCUUCUUCACUUCACUCAUCCCUGAGGUUCAGCCCCACCCAGCUAACUAGGAAGACAUUCUGCCUUUCUUCCUCCUGCCAGGCUGGUACCGCUCUACAGUUUCCAACCUUCAUCUUCGCUGUAAUACAAAGUUAAGUCUGCAAAAACAGCUUGAAUGGUAACAGCCGGUUUAGUAGAUGCCUCCUACUAAUGGGAGCUGAGGAGAGCUGCGAAGUGACCUUGCUGAAAGGAAAGGAACUGGGAAAUGGAUAAACAGGAAAUGUGUUUUAAGGUGUCAACUAUGAAGAAAAGGAUAAAAGAAAAGAGAACUGUUGCUGUUUCAAGCAAAGAUUGAAUUAAGUGGGUUUAUUUUUUUUAUUUUUUAGAUGAGACUGACAUAAAACGGACAUCAAUAGGUUUGUCCUUUUGAAAUACUUUGACAUAUGCACACCUGCUGCAUAUAAACAUUGCAGCUACUAAAGCUCAAUUUUACACACUUUAUCAUCUAAUUACACAUGUAAAUAAAUACAUCUAUAAAUUUAGUGUAUAUGCCUUUUGAAUAAAGUUUUGCCUGCAUACAGAAA